AUGUCUUCCGCGAAUAAAGAGGAUGCAUGCCCCGUCGAUCACAAAACCCGCGACGCAUGGCUCUCCCAAGCUCGCGCAGCCGAAGCUACCAAGUCGCAAGCCGCCGCCGCCGCCCAAUGUCCCGUGGACCAUACCUCACAAGCGCAGUCCAAGUCAUGGACGCAGGCAAUAACAUCUUAUAUGCCCUGGACGUCAGCAUCAACGGCACCAGCCACCCCCGAAGUCAAGCCUCGCAAUGCUCCUCUCACCACUGAUCGCGUAAUCUCGACUAUUCCCCGAUCUGCCACCGGGUCCGAGGCAUGUCCCGUAGACCACGGCGCAUCCGCCAAUGCACCCAACGCCGAAAUCGAAUCCGGCGUCGACGCCUCCGGGAACUGGGUCUAUCCCUCGGAGAAGAUGUUUUUCGACGCCAUGAAGCGCAAGGGCUACGAUGCGAGAGUCGCAGACAUGAAAACCGUGGUGCCGAUUCAUAAUGCCGUCAACGAACGCGCCUGGCAGCAGAUUAAGCAGUGGGAGGCUCCGUAUCUCUCAAAAUCAAGCUGCGGCGGGCCAAAACUCGAAUCCUUCGCCAACAAAAACGACCGCAUGACGCCGACCGCCCGUAUCAACACCAUCCUCGGAUACACCGCGCCCUUUGACCGCCACGACUGGGUCAUUGACCGAUGCGGCACUCGCGUCGAAUACGUGAUUGACUUUUAUGCCGGGCGGCCGGGCGCCAAGGAUAAGGCCGGGCCGAGCUUUUAUCUGGACGUGCGGCCCAAGCUGAAUACCUGGGAGGGCGUCAAGAUGCGCGCCAUGCGAUGGACGGGUUUGGCGUGA